AUGGGUGCCAAUGUAUCGAAAUAUUGGAACAAUGAGGAUGGCCAAGGCGCUGCACCCACAUCCAGCCAGAUUGUGACACAACCUCAAUCUACAGCACAGACUGCAGAGUGCGAAACAGAGAACCAAGAUGCGUUACACUCGGAGCAUGCAAGUUCCAGGGAAGAUGCAGAUUUCCUUGCGGAGAAACGCAAGCUUGUCCAGCAGCUACGGGACGCUCAAACAUCCAGUCCCGAUAAAACAGACAAUCCGCUUUAUUCGGAGCUUGCGUUGGCCGGCCUUCGUGACGAACGUCAAGAUGACGACGACGAUUUGUGCGAUUCGGACGAUUCGAGCGACAACGAGGUGACGCUGGAAGCGCAUCAAGCAGACGAUGAGGACUACGCCCCGCCUGCGACUAAGAACGAACUGCGAGCCGAACAAAUUUUCAUGCCGACCAUCACCCAGGUCGCGGAAGAAGAGAUUCGCUUGCUGGUACGCAUUGGGAAAAUUCAUUCCAUUGUUGAUAAUGUCGUUGUCGUCGAACAGGAAUCAGAAACGACAGCAGACGACAUGGGUAAGCGGGAAUUCGAUGUGCUUGAUUCAGAAAGCUUGCUGUGCACAAAAGACGGUCGUGUAAUCGGGUUUGUGUACGAGACAUUCGGCUCCGUGCACGCCCCAAUGUACUCUGUGCGAUUCCCCUCUGCAGUGGACAUUGAUCCUGCCGUGUGCCAAACAGGAGAGAGCGUCUAUUUUCACCCGUACAGCUCGAACUAUGUGCUGAAUUACACGAUCCGGAACAAGGGCAGCGACGCGAGCAAUAUGUGGGACGAAGAAGUCGCCGAGGACGAGGCAGAGUACAGCGACGACGAACAAGAGGUGCUGGCGAAACGCCGUGCAAAAGACGCACGCCGUGGAAAGCCCGAUACUGAAACCGCUCCUUUGGAAACUUCAGACGAGCUGGAUCCAGCCGAUGCACUGCUCGGCCCUCUUGGCGCGUUUUCUGCGCAUGCUCCCAGCGCGCCGCAUCGUGGUCAAAAGCGCAAGGGACGCGGGCGCGGGCGACCGAGUGACAGCCGUGCUUGGGAUGCUGAAUCUGGCGCAAAGCGCGCGCGCUUCCAGGGGCCCGCAGCGCCACAUUUUAAUCCGCGGUUUGCCGAGCAAUGGAUGCACAUGCCAGCUUCCCUUUAUGGCGCACCCGGCGGUGCGCCCAUUUUUCCGCCCAUGCCCGUGCCCAUGCCCAUGCCCGAGCAUGCACCAUGGGCGGACGGCUAUUCUCCGCACAACCCAGCGCCCGGCGCCGGCACACAAAUACGUACAAAUCUCCCUUAUACCCCUGCGCAGCCAGACAGGAAGCACUAG